AUGAUCAAAAAAGAUGAUAAAACAGUGGAGCCCCCUAAUGAAAAACCACACAGGAGGAUCGAGAGAAAUGAUAUUCCAGAAUCUUCCAAUCACAUCCCUCCUCCAGAAUCUAGCGUCUUAAAAGGCGGUAAGGUGAAUUCAAAAACCAGAGCUUUAAAGGCCGUUACCAGUAUCCUAGCAGACGCCGAUGAGAAACCUCAAAAAAGGUCGAAUGAUGAGGGAGAUGGAACCAAGAAGCAGAGGUCUGAAUAUUGGGGCAAGGGAAUAGGUAAAUUUGAAUACAUUUUUUACAAAUUUUUGCUUGUGAUGCUGUACAGCUGCUUUGGGCUAUUUCGAUACGGCCAAUAUCAAUAUCAUAAGAUGAAAUUAAGGAUAUUCAGUAUUAUCUACAAUCAUGCAUACACGCCACAAUUGAUUAGACAGGACGUUGUUUCUCUGAAAAAAAUUCCAAAAAGGUUAGCCGCUAUCUUGGAAGUCAAACCUGUCGGCGAUGUAGGCGGCGGUGUUACAGGUUUAUUAAAUGACGCGAGUGAAAUCGUUUGUUGGACUGUGUCAGCCGGUAUAAAGCAUUUAAUGUUGUAUGAUUACGACGGUAUAUUACAAAGAAAUGUCCCGGAGCUCAGAAUAGAAAUUCAGUCUAACCUGGCUAAAUAUUUUGGGCCAGCUCAUGUCCCAAAUUACGCUGUUAAAAUACCUCAUUCGGACAAGAUAUUUUAUAACCUGGACGGAAUUGAAACAGAAACUGAUGUUGGAAAUGAAGUAGACGUUAACGACGAAAGGGACAAAAUUGCGAUCGAAAUCUCUUUACUGUCUAACAGAGACGGUAGAGAGACAAUUGUCGACCUAACUAAAACUAUGGCUGAGUUGUGUGCAGUCAAUGAAUUGAACGUUUCUGACAUCACAAUGGACUUAGUUGAUUCAGAAUUGAAGCAGUUAGUGGGACCCGAACCAGAUUUAUUGUUAUACUUCGGGCCUUCCCUGGAUCUACAAGGGUUCCCACCUUGGCAUAUCAGAUUGACUGAAUUUUAUUGGGAAAAAGAUAACAACGAAGUUAUAUACUCGGUAUUCAUUCGCGGCCUAAGACAGUACUCAGGAUGUAAAGUGAAUGUCGGUAAGUGA